GCCUCCGUUUGCCACGUCCAGAUGAGGUCUGGGAGGAGGGAUUUCCCGUCGUGGUGAGAGAAGUCGGGGGAAUAGCACAGCGCAGGACUGGACUGGCAGGGCAGGCAGGUGCCGAGCUCGCUUCCAACCUCCACCCGCAGGUAUACAGCCUGACAGGAGGAAACAAUGAAUGGGCAACUGGAUCUCAGUGGAAAACUCAUCAUUAAAGCUCAGUUAGGUGAUGAUAUUCGCAGGAUUCCUAUCCACAAUGAGGAUAUCACCUAUGAUGAACUGGUUCUGAUGAUGCAGCGGGUGUUUCGUGGGAAACUUCAGAGUAAUGACGAAGUCACGAUCAAGUACAAAGAUGAAGAUGGAGAUCUUAUAACCAUAUUUGAUAGCUCAGAUCUUUCCUUUGCUACCCAGUGUAGUAGAAUACUCAAGCUUACCUUGUUUGUGAAUGGACAGCCACGGCCAUUGGAGUCAAACCAAGUUAAGUAUCUUCGCCGGGAACUCAUAGAGCUUCGGAAUAAAGUGAACCGAUUGCUGGAUUGCUUGGAGCCACCUAGUGAUCCAAAUCUUUGUGCCAACAUUUCUGAAAAUGAUGCAGUUGAUGGAAGGGAUGGAAAGACUGUGGCACCAGACUCCACAAUCAAGCAGCCAGUUCCUGUCAGUGCUGCCAGUAUGUCUGCCUUUGAUCCUUUAAAAAAUCAAGAUGAAAUCAACAAAAAUGUUAUGUCAUCAUUUGGCCUGACUGAAGACCAGGUCUCUGGUCCUCCCACUGCACCGGUCGAUGAAAGAUCAGGGACACCAGAUAGCAUUGCCUCUUCCUCAUCUGCUGCUCAUCAGCCUGGAGCACCACAGCAUCAGCAGUCUUACACAGGAGUUCAGCCUCAAGCUGGCCAGAUGGAAGGUCAAAUGUAUCAGCAGUAUCAACAACCAGGAUAUACAACUCAGCCACAACCACAAGCUCAGCCACAGUAUGGUCCACCGUACUCAGCUUACAGCCAGCAAACAUCUUCCCAGCCACAGGCUCAGCAAUUUCAGGCUUUCAAUCAACAAGCUCAGCAAGCUCCUGCACCUGGAUUCUCCAGCCAAGCCCAGCCCAUGCCAUCACAGCCUCCUCAGCAGUACCAAGCAGGUUCCUUCCCACCACAGAAUUACACAACACAAGCUUCCCAGCCUGCUAAUUACACAAUGCCGCCUGCCUCCCAGCCUGGUAUAGCUCCAAAUCAAGCAGGAGGUUACCAGCCAAGACCAGGAUUUACACCUUCCCCAGGCAGCAAUGUGACACCGCCACUAUCUGGAUCAAAUCCAUAUGCACGUAAUCGUCCUCCAUUUGCUCAAGGGUACACUCAACCUGGUCCAGGUUAUCGGUAAGGUACCCGGAUUAUUCAGAAAGCUGCAAGCAAACUUAAUAUCCUAGGUAAUAAUUUCCAUCCAUGCACACUGAGUGCUAACCAGUUUUGAUUUGGAAACAAUUUAUAAUCUAAAGCAAUGCAGCCCUUCUAUUAACUUCAGAAUGAUGGGAUUUUGUUUGCUGAGGAAAAAAGACCAAACUAGAUUUUUCUUAUUUUCUGCUUUCGAUUUUAUCAGCAUCAUAGCAUAAAAAUUUCUUUUCUCGAGACACUACCUAAACGUGUUGUGAUUUUGAUCUUGUAGAUGUAUAGGCAGAAGAACAAUAGAUAAUACAAAUAUAGUUUUUAAGUAGGGCACAAAUGCGAUUCAUUUUCUUUGUUGUAUGAAUAACAAAAUGUACUAAUUGAAGUGAAAUUCAAAGGUAAUAUGUACAAAAGUAAUAUUUCCCUGCAAAACUAAUAAAAUGGUUGAAAUCAUU